AUGAAAGCAAUGGAAUAAUUGGAAGCUGCUAUUACAUCAGACGACACUGUUACCAAAUUACUUCCAGCUCUAAAAUCAAUCACUAAUUCAUUACCAUUUCCUGAGCAUCAUAUUCACAUCAAAGAUCCUAAACUAGUUAAACUACUUUUAAUUGUUUAUCCUCUUUUACCAGAAACGAUUGAUAUGAUUUUGGGAUAGUUACUUACUGUAUUUAAAGACUCAGUAGAAUGGAUUAGAGGCUGUUGUAAAGCCAUUGAAGAGUACGCAGUUUUUAAAUAAAAUACGAUUAACUAAUCUAAUUUUUAUUCACUUGAGUAUUUUUAAUAAGUUAUUUAUUGUGCAGCAUAAGUAGGGUAAGCAUAAAGCAAUAUUUUAUAGUUUAGAAUUAGAUGAUAUCUGUUAUGGUUUUAUUAUAUUUUUGAAACAUGCAGAAUCAGAGAAGAUGGUAUUAUACAUCAUGAAUAAAAUUGAAGCAAUUAAGGAAUAGUAUGGAUAUGGAAUCAAGUCACUUACUUAGUUUUGUGAAUUAGUUGAAUCAAGUAAUAUUUAUUAUAAGUUUAGCCGUUCUACAAUUGUAUUAAGAAGAAAGCAAUAAAAAUACUGAAGAUUAACAUUUUAGAUCUGUUGCUAUUGGAUUAUAAGAGAAUCAGAAGAGAAAAGUAUUACAUCAUUAAAAUACUGUUUAAUCACCUUCUAUGAGAUCUCCAAAUGUAACCAUAUAAAGAUCUGAAUCAUAUGGAUCUUUAAAUGAUGAAAUAGUAGAUGAUCUCAAUAUUGAAGAAAUUCUUAUUUAAGAAAAACCUCGAAUAUUUGAUUCUGAUUAAGCAGAAUAUUUUAAAUCUAAUGAAAGACUCUAAAAUUUGAUUUGCUUUAUAACAGAUCCAUAUCUUACAUAACCAAGUCUUAUUUUUGACACUGAUAGCCUUGCUGAACAUUAAAUUGAAUUAGAUGAAAACAAUUAUAAAAAGUUUAAGAAUAUUAAAAUAGAUAAAUUGUUUACAAUUAGAUCUUACAAAACUUUACUCUUUCUAACAGAUAUACACAAUCAUAAACUAUUAACAGAAGCUAACACACAUCUAACCUAAAUUAUUUGUAAACUUUAAUUCAAAAAUAUUAUAGUUAAAUCAAUUUCAGGAUUCUUGUAAAAUACUUAAUCCAUAGGCAACAUCAUCCAUAUUGUUGCACUUAUAUAAUUUUAUUUAAAGAAUGACACAAAAGAUACAAUAUAUUAUUUUCUAUAUUGCAAUAUUCAUUUUUUAUUUUUAGAUUUCAUAUGUAUAUUUAACAAUUAAUUAGAUAAUCCAUAUGUAAUUGAUAUAUUGAUCAGAUUUAUAGAUCCAACUUAUAAAAGUAUUCCAUCUUAAUUAAAAGUUGAAAUUUGGCAUUUUUUGAAUAGCCAAGGAUUUAUCUCAUAUAUAAUUGGGCGUAUUAUUAACAAAGAUCAUUUGGGUAUAAUUAAAAAAGAGUUUCAUAUUACAAAAGAAGGAUAUAUUAUUCUAAAAAGAAUAUAUGAUCAUUAAAUUAUUGAUGGUAAAUAAUUAUUCUAAUAUUUCAGAUGAUUAUACUUCAGAACAACAAACCUAUAAUUUGAGUUCUAAUUUAGAUUAAUAUAUGGGUAUAUUGAUGCCUGGCAAAACUAUUUAAUAAAAUUUAAUCAAAAGAAAAAGAAUUUUACAUGCAGCAUAAACUUAAAUUUAUUCUAGGAGGAAUUCAGUAACAAGUAUUACUGGUAAAUUCAAUAAAAUAAUACUUGUUGAAAAUAUACAUAUAUCAGAGUUAAAUGGAACUGAAUAGGAUAUUGAUAGGUUUAAAGAUGUUAUCUAGUUUUAUCAAAAUAAUCAAAUUGAUAAUGAAGAAUCAAUCAUACCUAUAUAAGGAGCCAUUAUUUUAUAAAGUGAAAGAAUUAUUCCAACAACAAUUUAGAGAAAUUUAUAAAAUGAUUAAUUUUUAAAAUCAGAUUUCUUAAGCAAAGUAUAUAUUUAUAUUAUAAUUAGACGGAUUCAAAAAUUAUAAAUAUAAAAUCAUUAUCAGAUGAAAACAAAUCUAUAGAUACAAAAGAACAAUCUCGAAAAUCAAGUGUAAAAAUCAGUGGAAGCAACAUACAUACAAAUAGAAUUAUAAUUUAAACUUCAAAAGUAGGAUAAGACAUAAAUUAAAAAACAAAAAAGUCCAUAAAAAUAGAAAAUAUUGAAGAAAUUUCAUAUAAUUUUUAAUAGCUUAAUAAUCCUAUUACAUCUCCUACUUCAGCUUUUAAAUGUCAUCAAGUUUAUUCAAAUAGUGAUAUUAAUAUUGUUGAUCAUAUCAUGAAAGAUGAAUAUUAAGAAUACAUUUAAUAUAAUAUUGAAUUUGCUUCGUUUUAAAAUUCACAAUUAUUAAAUUUAAUUGUUAAUACAUUUUAAAAUUAAAAAUAUCAAUUUUAGUCCUAAAAUGAUUGUUUUACUUAAUUAAUUGAUGAUAAAUUAUUAAAUUUUGAAAAAUUAAUAAAUCAUUACACUUUAAAAAUAUUGGAACCUGAUCAUGGUAGUGCUUACGAAUUGGGAUUUUUGAUUAUCAAUAUCCUCAAGAAAUUAUCUAAUUGCAAUAGAAUUUAGGAGUAAUGUUUUAAGAUUUAUAGAGAUUAAGUUCCAAGAUUAUGUAGGAACAUUUUUUUGUUAAAUUAAUAAUAAUAGUAUUCUUAAAAAUUAAAUUUUCAAUCUUAUUCAGUUAAUGUCAUAGGAUCUUAAAAAUUAAUUUUAUACGAAAUUCUAUAAAUUAUGAUUUGCAAUGUUAAAAUAAAAUAUUCUAAUAUCUUUAUUAAAUUGAAUGAAGCUGCUAUGCAUACAUUAAUAAUAUAAUUCCAUACUAGUUUUCAUAAUGGAGUUUAUUAAAGAAUAUUUAUGUUAUUAAUUAGACAUUUAUUUGUGUAUGCUUCUGAGAAAUAGUUAUUAAGUUUAAUUUUCAAAGUAAAUCUUAUUGAAUCUAUUCAUGAUGCUUAUAAAAACACUGUAAUUAAUAAAGUUGUUAUUAAAGAUUGGAAUACAGAAUAAUAUAUUUAUUAUUUGUAAUAACUAAGCUAAUUAAUAAUUAAUGCUUUUGAUUUGAGAGAAGACUUAAAAUAACUGAGAUAAUCAUUAAUUAGAUUAUAAUCUUAUUAAGAUUUGAAGGAAUUAUCUAAUAUAUCUAAACAUAAAUUUGACAUUAAUUAAUACACUAAAGAAUUAACAGGUGCAGAAUAAUCAAUAGUUAAAAUUAAAUUAUGA